AUGAAUUACGUUCAGCUGGAGAAGCUUGGAGAGGGUACAUACGCUACCGUCUACAAGGGGCGUUCAAGGACUACGAAUGAGAUUGUCGCUCUCAAGGAAAUCCACCUCGAUGCGGAGGAAGGCACGCCUUCUACUGCGAUCCGUGAGAUCUCGCUCAUGAAGGAGCUCAAGCACGUCAACAUCGUUCGCCUCUACGAUGUUAUCCACACCGAAACCAAGCUUGUGCUUAUAUUCGAGUAUUGCGACCGCGAUCUCAAGAAGUACAUGGACGUACACGGCGAUAGAGGCGCCCUCGAUCCUGUUACUGUCCGGAGCUUCAUGUACCAGCUACUCAAGGGAACCGCCUUCUGUCACGAGAACCGAGUUCUCCACCGAGACCUCAAACCACAGAAUUUGUUGAUUAACCGGAAGGGGGAAUUGAAAUUGGGCGACUUUGGCCUGGCAAGAGCGUUCGGUGUUCCUGUCAACACGUUUUCGAACGAGGUUGUCACACUAUGGUACCGUGCUCCUGAUGUCCUUAUGGGCUCUAGGACAUACAGUACCUCCAUCGAUAUAUGGUCGUGCGGAUGUAUCUUCGCCGAGAUGAUCUCUGGUGUCCCUCUUUUCCGGGGAAGAGACAAUCAAGAUCAGUUGUUGCAUAUCAUGCGAAUCAUAGGUACACCGGAUGACCGCGUGCUGCGCAAAAUUGCCAGUGAAGGCCAAACCGAAAAUCAGGGACCGCAGAAGCAGUAUCCCCGUUAUCCGAAGAUCCCCUUCCAUCAAGUUCUUCCCAAAGCCUCGCCUCAAGCGAUCGACCUACUCGAGCGCCUGCUCCAGUUCGACCCUGCCAAGCGUAUCACUGCCAAUGACGCACUGUCACACCCGUACUUCACCACCGCCAUACCAUACCCCAUUCCUCCUGUUCCUGGUGCGAUGGGUCCUCCAGCAUUCAAUUACCCCCACCCGCAUGCGCAACAGAUGCAGCAACAGCAACAACAGCAGUUACAGGCUCAAGCUCAAGCCCAGGCCGCUUAUGUACAAGCCACACAGGGGAUGCUUGCGCAUGGACAAGCACAGAUGUUCACGAACCCGGAUGGGCGGAUGGCUCAGGCACACGUGGCGGCUCAAGCCCAAUUUGCGCUCGCUGCUCAGGCUCAGGCUCAGGCGCAGGCGCAAGCUCAAGCUCAGGUACAGGGAGCCCAACAGCCGGCAGGUUACGGGAUGCAGUACCCUCAAUACGCGCCUGGACGAGCGUAG